AAAAGCUGUCUUUCUUAGUAUCGUUCACAAGCUGAUACACCCUGUUGAAAAUGCAACACGCUCACAUUUCCUGCUGCAGCUUACCGCAGGGACUCAGACUCAAAGAUUUACUGAGCUGACACCGAGGACACAACAUCAUGGGGAGCCAGUGCUCUGCACUCUGUAAAAAGGAAAAUGAGUGUGACCAAAAGAAAGAUGAGGUUUCCACCACAGUGAAAAGUAGAGAGGCGUCUCCUCUCCUGCAGAGACGGUCGUCUCAGCAGGAGGAGGGAGGAGCCUUAAAGGAGACAACAGAGGAGGGGACUUUAAGGAGGCAAGAAGAGGAAACUUCCUCUGAAAAAUGUAGUUGUAAUGAUAAGAGCAGCACUGUGGCACAUGAAUACACUGUCGUUGAAGUUAACAGCCAAAGUCCUUGCCUCUCUGAAACCCAUGAACUUGCUUCAGCCAAUACGGAGGAGAAAGAGGCUAACUGGGUGGACAACAACAGGGCCAAGCUGAUUCAGAACGUCACUUUAGUGAUAAAAAUAGCGGAUGAGAUGCUCCAGAGGAACAUAAUGCAGAAAGAGAUGUACAACAACAUCGAGGCUGCCCGGACCAGCCAGGAGCAGAUGAGGCUGCUCUACAGGACCCUCACAUCUGUAAAAGCCAAAUCUGCCUUCUAUAACAUCCUUCGGGAGGUUCAGCCAGAGACAUGUGAAACUGAAGAAGUCGUCAAGGAAGUCAUCAAAAAGCACAAAGCAUAUCUGAGGAAAAGGUUCAGAUAUGAGUUUGAAGGCACUGAGAAAGAUCCCAUGGAUGCAAAAUCACUGGACAAAAUUUACACAGAGCUUCACAUUAUAGAGGGAGAGAGUGAACGUAUCAAUGUAGAACAUGAGAUCUGGGAGAUUGAAGAUAAGGCAAGGUGUCAAACAGCUGAGGGCACGAAAAUCAACUGCAAUGACAUCUUUAAAAGCACACUAGAAGAUAGCGUGUCAUCUGAGCAAGACAGAGGAGAAGUAAGAGCUAUCAGGACCGUGAUGACCAAAGGAAUUGCCGGCAUUGGAAAAACUGUCUCAGUGAAGAAGUUCAUCCUUGACUGGGCAGAUGGGAGCGCCAAUCGGGACCUGGACUUCAUCUUUGUGCUACCAUUCAGGGAGCUAAAUCUGGUCAUAGAUGAUCAGUUUAGCCUUGAGACACUUGUGAGAGAGUUCCAUCCAGAACUUAAGAACAUAUCAGUUGCAAGAAUAUUCACUAAUCACAAAGUUCUGUUCAUUUUUGAUGGUCUCGAUGAAAGCCAGCUUCAACUGAAUUUCAAAACAGCCAAAAGAUUGGUAGAUGUCACAAAGGAAUCAUCAGUGGACACUCUGGUGACCAACCUCUUCCGGGAGCAUCUUCUUCCGUCUGCUCUUGUCUGGAUAACCUCAAGACCAGGAGCCAUUCAGCGCAUCCCUCGCCAGUAUAUAUACCAGUGGACUGAGGUCAGAGGAUUUAAUGAUCCACAAAAAAUACAGUACUUCAGAAAGAGAGUUGAGGACAAGGCGGUUGCUGAGAGAAUUAUCAACAACAUUAUGAUGUCCCGGAGCUUAUACAUCAUGUGUCACAUACCUAUCUUCUGUUGGCUUGCAGCAAAAGUUCUUGCACACUUGCUGCUAAAAAUGGACAAAACUCAAGAUGAAGACAUAAAGAUACCCACAACUCUCACUGAGAUGUACACGCACUUCCUUUGCAUUCAAAUGCAGGUAGCCACCGAAAAGUACGACAAACAAAAUGAAUCAGAUACAGAGGCGAUCUUUAAGUCGAAUGAAGGAUUCAUUUUUCAGUUAGGCAGGAUGGCAUUUGAACAUCUGAAUGAAGGCAAAAUUAUAUUUACCGCCAAUGACCUGAAAAACUACGACAUCGACAUACACAAAGCUGGAGUUAACUGUGGGUUGUGCACAGAGAUAUUCAAAGAAGAGAGUGUGUUCAACACAAAGAAACUCUACUGCUUUGUGCAUCUGACAGUCCAGGAGUACUUUGCUUCUCUCUUUGUGUACCACAGUUUUGCAAGAAAGAAAAUAGAUUCUCUAAGCCUCAAGGAUUUCCUGCUCAAAGGAUCUGAAGAAGAACUCAAGCCUAUCCUGGAUGCAGAUCCAGUUGAUUUACCUUUGGAUGAGCUGAUGGAAAUUUCAGUAGCUAAUUCAACUCUGAGAAAGACAGGAGAACUGGACAUGUUCCUCAGGUUCCUUAUUGGCAUGUCGCUACGAUCAACACAAGAUCUGCUUCAAGGCCUGAUUCAACAGGAAGAGGAACACUCCACAGUUGUUGAGGAAAUUAGGACAAGUCUCUUAGAAAUCGAUUUGGGUGACUGCUCACCUGAAAGAUGUCUGAACCUUGUUCACUGCCUGAUCGAGCUGAAAGAUAGCUCAAUACAUGAUACUGUGCAGAAGUAUCUGAAACCAGAUCAAGCUCCAGAAACGCAGCUCUCCCCUGUUCAGUGCUCAGCCCUGGCCGACUCAAUUCUCAUGUCAAAUACGCCUCUAGAUGAAUUCAACCUGAAGAAAUACAGACCAUCAGUAAAGGGUAUUUUUAGGCUUGUCCCAGCUGUGAGGAACAGCAGAAAAGUAAGAAUCUCAGGGGUGGAUCUUUCAUCUUGGCUUUGUGAAACAAUCUCCUCAGGUCUUCGAAUGCCAAACUCUGUGCUAACUGAACUGCACCUGACAAACAGUACCUUUUAUGAGAACACUCUUGAGAGCUUCCUUGAGGGACUGCUAAACCCUCAGUGUAAACUAGAAGCUUUGAGUCUUUCAGGUACGGGACACUCACAAUCACAGUGUGAAAAGUUGGCAUCAGCUAUCAAAUCAUUCAUCUCACAUCUAAGGGAACUGGAGCUGAGUGCCAAUGUACUGGGAGGUUCAUUGUGCUCUGUGCUUUCUGUUGUGCUGGGCAGCCCUACACUGGAGAAGCUCAGACUGAACAGAAAUUCUAGGAUUGCAAAAAUCUGUGAGGUGUUGGUGACUGCGCUCACAUCAAACCCAAGCAACCUGAGAGAGCUGGAGCUGAAUGAUACCAGUUUGAAAGAUUCGGAAAUGAAGAUCCUGUCUACUUGGCUGAUGAGUGCAAACUGCACUCUUGAGGUAUUUAGUCUCAGUCAUAACAGCCUUACUGAGAAUGGCUGUAAGACAUUGGCCUCAGCACUCAGCUCUGAAUCUUCCUGCCUGACAAAGCUGGACCUGAGCUACAAUGACCUGCAGGACUCAGGAGUGAUGGCACUCUGUGAUGCACUGACAAAGCCACACUGUUGUUUGCAAACACUCAGGCUGUCAUUCUGUAAAGUGACAGGAGAUGGAUGUGCCACCUUGGCCUCAGCUCUGAGGUCUGACCACUGCACCCUCAGGGACCUGGACCUGAGCUUUAAUCACCUGACAGAUCAAGGAGCCAAGCUCCUGACUGAAAUACAGAUGGAUUCACGCUACAGUCUAAAGACACUCAAUGUGGACCAAAAUGAAGAAUGCUGGUUUGACCUGAAGCUUCUGAGACAGUAUGCCUGUGAUCUGACACUGGAUCCUAACACAGCAGGCAUGAAUGCAAUUUUGACAGAGGAGAACAAAAAGGCGACAUAUGUUAAUGAGAAGCAGCCAUAUUCUGAUCAUCCAGACAGAUUUGACAGCUGUCAAGUACUGUGUGAAGAGGGUCUGACUGGUCGACAUUACUGGGAGGUUGAUUGUGAUUCAGCCGAUGUUGGAGUGGCGUACAAAAGUAUAGACAGGGCGGGAGACUGUUCAAGUGAAUUUUCUUUGGGACGAAAUGAAAAGUCUUGGUGCUGGUGUUAUGACGGCUGCUUUUAUCAAAACUAUUCCCAUCUGAACUUCAUGGACCGCGGAACAUACCGAAGUACCAUAGGAGUGUAUCUGGACUGGCCAGCGGGUAUUUUGUCCUUUUAUGAGGUCUUUCCUGACGCACUGACCCACUUGUACACUGUCCACACAACUUUCAGUGAACCGCUCCAUCCUGGUUUCAGUUUUUCCAACGGGUCAAUUCACCUCCGUAAACUAAAGUAACCAAAAA